AUGUCCAGCCAGUGCAGCAGUGUGGCCACGGAGAGCUGCUUUAGUCGCAUCACCAGCAUAGACGAGGUGGAGGAGGAGCGGAUCUCGUCCAGCGAUCUCUUCGCUUUCUGCCUACAGGUGGCGCGGGGUAUGGGGCAUCUGGCUGAGAACAAGAUUGUCCAUAGAGAUCUGGCAGCUCGCAAUGUGUUGGUCACUGACAGGUGCGUGUGCAAGAUCACAGACUUCGGGCUGGCUCGAUGUCUGGGGGACACUGACCACUACGACAGGUCGUCGAAGGGCCCACUGCCGGUUAGAUGGUUGGCACCAGAAAGUUUGAUUGACAGAACACACAGCACCAAAUCUGAUGUCUGGGCCUGCGGCUUUCUUCUGUGGGAGAUUGUUACGCUAGGUGCCAGUCCUUACCCCGGGUUGUCUGCCCAUGACGCCUUCAAGUUUGUUAGCGCUGGCAAGAAAAUGGAGAAACCUCAGCACUGCAGUUCUGACAUAUACGAGCUCAUGUGCAGCUGCUGGUCCUUCCUCCCAGAGAACCGUCCAACGUUUGAUGCCCUGUAUCGCAGGUUCGAGACUCUGCUCGAAAAAGAAAAAGAUUACAUCAAUCUGGAACUAUUCCAGAGCGAACAGUACGCUUGUCUGGAUGCGGACAUAUUGGAUGAGAAGUUAUAG